AUGCAGCAGCAGAAGCAGGAGGAGCAGGAAGAGCUGGAGGAGGAGGUGGAGGUGGACAACCGACCAGUCGCUGCCAUAUGCUCUGACGGCAACACAAAACACUUUUGGCACUUGCCAGACAAUGUUGUCCAUGCUGAUGAUAAUAAUGAUUAUGCUGCUGCUGCUGCUGCUGAUGAUGAUGAUGAUGAUGAUGAUGAUGAUGAUGAGGAGGAUGAUGAGGAGGAUGAUGAGGAGGAUGAUGAGGAGGAUGAUGAGGAGGAUGAUGAGGAGGAGGAGGCUGGAGCUGGAGCUGGAGCUGGAGCCGGGCAACGGGUCGUCUGUGACUGGGACUGCGAAAAGGCAUUCGAGUGUCACUUGUGCAACAUCAAGAACAUCAACAACAGCAACAACAGGAACAACAAUCGCUACGACAAGGACAACAACAAACAGCUGCUGCUGCUGCUGCUUACAGGCCAGGCCCUGGGCCAGGACUUUGUGUAUAGCUAG